AUAUAUAUAUAUAGACUCACAAGGACUAUUGAGUACUUGUGUAAUAUUUUAGUUUGUGGUGGUGUAAGUUAAUGUCUAGGAAGAGUAGCAAUGUUGUGGCAAAAAAGGGAAACAUGGUUUAUGUUUCUAGCAGUACUGAUAUUGAUCUCCUCAGCAUUUUGUCUUGUAGUUCCUAAGGGUAAAUUGGUUCAAACUGGAAGACUUAUCAUUGGCUCUAGCAGAAUUACAAACGAAACCAAGAAUGGCAUCGUUAAGAAAGUGCAUGACGAAUAUGCUGGAGACACCAACGGAUACCAAUCUGAUCAGCCAGAGUUAACAGAAGGGUCCCAACUGUCAACCUUAAUGCUCAGGCGAUGGAGUCCCUCAGUGCAGUGUGAUGAUGAUUCUAUGUCCUUGCAUAUCCAGGGAAGUCGAGUACCCAACUUCUUGGUUGAGACAAGUGAGGAGGGCCUAGUACCACUAUCACAAAUGCCAUCCCACUGUGGCUUUUCGUUGAGGAGGGCCCACAGAGAGGUUGCACUCAUUGCCAAGUAUGCUGGCUGUAACGUUGCACAGCAGGGGAAUAGCUACAUCCUGCCGUUAUGGGUUUCUGGAGUUGCUGUGAAGAUGGUCUGUCCUGUGGCUUGUCCUCUCACUGUCUCCUGUAGCCCUUCAGCUAUGGUUGUCAAUCUUGGUGUGUCUACAGCUGCUCUCAGGCUGAAGGUGAAUGGUGUGUGGCAACCUGUGUACCAAGCUUCCACCUGUGGCUUUACCUUGGAAGUUGUGGGAGGUGGACUGACCCUAACUGCACCAUAUGCAAGCAACUGUUGGCAACUUGAGGGUGCCAAGAUGCUUUUGUCUGUGCAAUACAUGGAUAGGGAGUUGACCUUGUCCUGCCCAGCUGUUCAGCCCCCAGCUACUACUCCUUUACCUGCUCACAUGGAUCCAGAAGCUUCCACAGAUGCCCCCGUGACUACCUUGGCUACGACGGUUGCACCAGCUAGUGCUUAUCAGCUGCCUUUCUAUCCUUGGUUACGUGGACUGUAUCCUUAUGGUUAUGGAAUGCCAUGGAAUUUCCAAAAUGGUCAUCUGCGAACUCCCCCAGUUACCCACACCACUACGACUACUCCAGCUGCUGCUACGACUACUCCAGCUGCUGCUAUGACUACUCCAGCUGCUACAGUUGCACCAACUAGUGGUCAGCUGCCUUUGUAUCCUUGGUUAUCUGGCAUGUAUAAUCCUUAUGUUUAUGGUAUGCCAUGGCGUUUUCAACAUAGCCAGCCUGGAACUCCCCCAGUUACCCAGACCACUACAACAACUCCAGCUGCUACUACUACAACUACUCCAGGUGCCACAGUUGCACCAGCUAGAGCUGAUCAGCUGCCUUUGUAUCCUUGGUUAUCUGGAAUGUAUUAUCCUGGUGGUUAUGGAAUGCCAUGGAAUUUCCCAUAUAGCCAUCCUGGAACUCCCCCAGUUACCCAGGCUACUACAAUGACUCCAGCUGCCACAGUUGUACCAGCCAGUGCUGGUCAGCUACCUUUGUAUCCUUGGUUACCUGGAAUGUAUUAUCCGAGUGGUUAUGGUAUUCCAUGGCGUUUCCAACAUAGCCAGCCUGGAAGUCCCCCAGUUACCCAGACCACCACAACUACUCCAGCUGCUACUACAACCACUCCAGCUGCUACAUCUACCACAGUUGCACCAGCCAGAGCUGAUCAGCCACUUUGGUAUCCUUGGUUACCUGGAAUGUAUAAACCUUAUGUCCCUAUGGGUUCACCUGGUGUUCCAGUGUCUGACCCUAACAGUGGGGUUAAACAGCAGAUGUACCAAAUGCCCUGGAUGAAUGCCUUUCCCCAAGUAUCUGGCUUGAAAUCAAACACCAGGCUCUCCAGUGGUUAACCUACCCAAAUUUGUCAGAUCCUGCUCACUUUUCUCCACUACAGGUCAAAGCACAUGCAGGAAAAUGAGCAACACUAUACUGUGGUUAUCAAAUGGAGGUGGUGAUGGAUCAAUAAAAACAAAAAUUCAAAAUGG